AUGGAUCCGGGAGAAGACGGUAGUGAUUCUUGCUCAGCAGGCCCACCGCGGAAGAGGAAGAAGUGUAAUGCCCUCGAAGUGGCAGGUGCAAAAGAGAAUGUGUUUGAAGAGACCAGUGGUGGAGAGUCUGAUGGAGAUGAUGGGUCCUUGUUCGACUUUGAUUCUGGGCAAUCGAGGCUGCCCCCUUCUGUUUUGUGUGUGAAGUGCCAAUUUAUAUGUGACAAUUGGUCUUCAAUUCUCUCCCGAAUGCUCGAAGAUGAUCACAUUGAUUUUCCUCACUGCGGCAGUAGCUUUGUUCUUGAGUCUUCGGCAAAACGAGGGUGUUCCCUCUGUGCCCAGUUCUUGGCGAGCGUUGAUCAGGAACGGCUAGAAGAUAGUAGGCAAAGCCGUCAGGAGAAACAGGGCGAUGGGAUUGGUGAUCUUGGCGGUCGUAUUAAAGUUCAAAAUGCUGUGUUCGACAGAAAAGAUGUCAAUCCCAUUCACCGAAAACAUUGCUGGAUAUUGCAUUUGUCCUUCGGCCAUGGGGUACAAAACUUUUUUGUAGAUAUCGUCCCAGCUCUCGGCCCUACCUUCCGCGCCCCAUCUAAAGAAUGCUUUUUGACUUCGCGCGAUGCUCUACCACUUGCUGAGCAGUGGAUGAGGCGUUGCUGCAAUACUCACAGACUUUGCAAUGCUCCCAUUGAUGACUUCUUACCUACCCGUCUCAUCUCUGUCAAUGGCACUCACCCCUAUCUAAUCCUCACCAGCCAACUCAAGAUCAAACCGAAAUAUGCCACCCUAAGUCAUUGCUGGGGACAAAUCAAAUAUCUUACGUUGACAAAGGCCACCAUAGAGAACUUCAAACAAAGAAUUCCGCUAGAAGCAUUGCUGAAAACAUUUCUUGACGCUAUUCGCAUCACUCAAGAAUUUGGAAUUGACUAUCUCUGGAUCGACUCGCUUUGCAUUGUGCAAGAUGACGCAGAUGACUGGGAUAGAGAAGCUUCGUCGAUGGCUGGCGUAUAUGGCAGUUCAACCCUCAAUAUAGCGGCUUCCGGUGCAUCAGAUGGACGCAUUGGUUGCUUUUUCCAGCGAGGAGGGAGCCUUAAGUGCCAAGUCGAGAUGACGGUUUGCGGCGAGAAGGUACUUUACGACGUUGUACCAAGACUGAUGUAUGAACGCAGUCUGGCCAGAAUGCCGCUAUCUAAGCGUGGUUGGGCGUUACAAGAGAGAGUGCUGCCUCGGCGGACUCUGCACUUCACUUCAACGGAAGUCUUCUGGGAAUGUCUUCAAAAAACAGCCUGCGAAACCUUCCCUGAUGGACUACCAGCAGCGAUCUUGUACCGUCCGUACGGCCGCAACUCAUUUCGCAAAGGCUUUAUUUCAAAGUCGAUGUGGAUGUCCCUCGUUGAGAUGUACUCCGAAUGUCACUUGACGAAAAGCAGCGAUAAGCUUGUCGCCAUCUCCGGACUUGCUCGGAGCCUUCAGCUCCAAACCAAAGAACAGUACGUGGCGGGUCUCUGGCGGGAAGACUUAGAGCUUCAACUCUGCUGGGAGGUCUCUUUUGACCGCUUCAAUGCAACAACUCCGCCGUAUAGAACGCCGAGUUGGUCGUGGGCGUCGGUUGAUUCCCAGAUCAAGUUUCGCAACAUCGAGAAGUACGGUCCAGGAUGCUGGAAUAUCAAGAUUAUCCAAGUUCAUGUCAAACCGUCUAGACUCGACCCUCUCGGUGAAAUCAAGAGCGGAAUUCUUAGGCUUAGCUGUGAGGUACUGAUACACGUGACUGUUAAGAUCGCCGCGGACGGCUUUUACAUGGUUAUCAACGCAACAGACAUUGAGACGAAGAUGGGACUCGAUUACGAGGAUAUGCAUACGACGUUUGACCAAUCCAACCAACCAAUAACUCGACUAUACAAUUUCUACGCCCUCCCUGUCCGAGGUUACAAUUCUGGUUCGCGGGUCAUAGGAUUGUUCCUGGAGCCAACGGGUAAAGAUGGGGAGUUUCGAAGGGUGGGCAUCUUCCGCCUGACAGGAGAUCAAUGCCUCCGAAACUUCGAAGAAUGUGCGAAAAACACAAAAUGCCAUGCCAAAAAGGAAGAGUACUAUCGAAUUCGAAAGGACAAGUUUGGACAAGAGCAUCGCAUCAUCGCCAUUAUAUGA